AUGGAACAAAUUAUGUCUUCCUCAAACCACUACCCCCCUCUUCAAUACUUCUACACACCCGAGCAAACCCAUCUAGGAAUGGUUGCAUAUCGAGUUCUCUGCUGGUAGCUUGAUCAAGUAUCUUUGGAAUCUCGAGUAUCUUGUCGCAAGAUUGCCGCCGCAGCCGAACCACGCGACCAUCGACAAGAGGCACACGACUCUACCAAUCAUCCCAAGCGCAUUCACGCUCGACCAGUUGCCUGCUGCGGAGAGACACAUAUAGACGGGCGACUACGAAUAGACAGUUCGAAAGCCCUCGAACAAGCAAACCGUCAUCAUGGCGAACGAAACCGUGAGACAGAGGAAGCAACCGGAAACUAAGCCUCCACCCACCGAAGUCGAGGCCAGCAUGACGGAUGAACAUCCAGGAGGAGAUAUCAAACACAACCCAGCAGUACAAAUUCUCAGAUUACUGGCGGUCUUGACGUACUUUCUUUCGGCGUGCACUUCGUAUGUGCUCUCGUUUUCUGCCAAUAUAACCACUACUAACCUGACGCAGAAUAGUCGCAACGCAGUUGCUGGGGGUACCGUUAUAUUGGAUUAGUCGGGAUUGGUACUAUGCCUACAUGGCCCAAACUAAACAGUCUUUUGGAAUCGCGGUGACGACGUUGACGCAGUGGUGGGCUCCAACAGUUGUGAGAAUUAGCGGGGAUGCCUCUGUGGCCAACGAGAUGCGCAAAACGGCGGAUGGGAGAGUGGAAUUAAAUUUCCCAGAGAGAAUAGUCAUGAUUGCGAACCAUCAGGUACUUAUGAAAGCGUCGUUGGUCAAGACACAUGCUAAUCUCUACAGAUCUACUCUGAUUGGUUAUAUUUAUGGUGGGCCGGCUAUACCAACAAACCCCACAUGCACGGGCAUAUUUACAUUAUUCUUAAGGAAUCCUUGAAGUAUAUACCGAUUGUUGGAUGGGGAAUGCAGUUCUAUGGCUUCGUUUUCAUGUCAAGGAAGAUGGAAAAGGACCAACCAAGACUUGCACAUCGACUGAAUGUUUUGAAACAAGUACACUCCGGGCCGAUGUCAGGAUCAACAGGUUUAGAUCCGAUGUGGCUUAUGCUUUUUCCAGAAGGAACGAAUCUCAGUAAAGAUACUAGGAGUAGAAGUGCGAAAUGGGCAGAGAAGACCGGGCUUAAGGAUAUGGUACACGUGCUUACUCCACGCAGCACCGGAUCAUUCUUUUGUCUAAAUGAGCUGAAAGGGACAGUGGAUUGUGUGUAUGACUGUACAUUGGCGUAUGAGGGUGUACCGUAAGUUUGGUGCUCGUGAUUAUACCGAUUCAAGCUAAUAUUGUAUUCAGGAGAGGGCAAUAUGGCCAAGAUUUAUACACUCUACGAUCAAUGUAUCUCCAAGGACGACCACCGCCAUCAGUGAGCAUGUACUGGCGCAAAUUUGCCAUGGCCGAUAUUCCGCUCGACAACUCUACCAAAUUCGAACAUUGGUUACGUGAAAGAUGGCUGGAAAAGGACGAUUUGCUGGAACAGCAACUAGUCACCGGGUAUUUCCCAGCUAGCAAGUCUUCUUCCAACGGGGCUACCAAGAAUGGAGCAACAGAUGACGGGUUCAUCGAAACCGAGGUGAAGCUAGCAAAUUGGUGGGAGGUGGGAAAAAUAUACUUAGUCCUUGCCACUGCGGGCUUGGCCUCGCAUUGGUUGGUGAGAUGUUGGUUUCUAUUAUCAAAAGCUAUUCUGGGACAGUAAGCGCGUGGUACUUUGGUUGUUGAUACCCAGGGGAGAAAGGAUUGUUUUUUUUCUUGCAUUGCGCGGUUGGUUUACCUCAUUAACUCGAAAGCACGAAUCACGAUUUUCUUUAUAUGGAAACAUAGGUGCUUUUUCUUUGGUAGGUUGGCUGGGGGAGCUGUGUGGGCUCAGGAUGGGUAGGUAGGUGGAUAUGUACAUUUUCUUCCAGCCAGCAAUAAAAACCUUUUCACCGUAA